CCGGCGUCGAGCUUGGUGAAGCCUUUAACCUGAAAGGUAGUCUUCUGCCGGUUAAGUCAAUCUCAAAAUCCAUCAAGCCAAACCCCAGAAUUUCCCCCAUUUGCCGCAGCCACAUCCUGAGUCGGUCUUUGGCGUCCACUUUAAGCGAUUAUCAUCGCAUUUCUACUUCUUACUCUAGCAUUACUUGGGCGCCCUAUCAUUGCAAUGGCGUCCACAACUUCGGUGCCCGUUGAGCCUGCGCAGGUGAAACCUUCAUUUGCCAAGGUCGCGGCGUCUGCUUACAAGCCUCAACAACCAAAAGAACACCUUCCUAAUGCGAACCCUAUAGUCACAAGCCCGCAGCCACCUGUUCAUCUACAGACUCCAAGUCGCCCCACCCCAAGUAAUGGUGAUGCUCCGAAAGUUCGCAUCGACAAAAAUGAGGGGCGGGAGCCGAAGGAGAAAACUGGUGACGCAGCGGCAAGAACCGGCCAAUGGGCCAAUACCUCUAGCCAGCAAGUAGCUUUCGAACCAGGCUCCAAAGAUGGAGAAUCCGAAAAGGUGCACCCAUCGAUUACCCUGGUCAAGUCCAUGGCUGCCGAAGACAGUACCACCCAACUGUCGUCGUCCGACGGCUCGGGUAAGCCUCCAAGCCUCGACGGGAAAAGUGUUGCAUCUGCAACAACUUUUGCCCUUGACGAAAAAGAGUCUAUUCGACCAGAUGACAGUGCUAGCCUCAGAGCCGUCGAGGAAGAAGACGUGAUCUCUCCUCCGGAUUCAGUUGCUGCAGGUUCUCGAGUCGGGUCUGAUGGUGGCGCCGCUCGCGCCUUCUCGGACCAACUCCACGAAAUUGCGGGUCUGGGGUCGCUUCCUCAGCGAGGGGCCCCACCUGGAAGGUUCCCCAACGCUAAUGUCAACAGCACACUCACCCUCUAUGACCCCAAUCAACCCGUCAAUGGUAUCGGCAGGCCGAUGUCUCAGCCGUUGGCCAAUGGCAUGCCAAAUGUGGCAGGACCCCCUCAAAUACCGGCCAUUCCAGAUGAGAAACUCAUCGAGGCUCUGGAGUCGCCAAGAGACAGGUUGUUUGUGCUGAAGUUGGAGCAGGAUUUUAUCGACUUUGUCAAGGAUUCCGGUGAACAUGAAUUGUCUUUGCCGAACUGCAACACCUUCUAUAGGAUGCUUGCGCAUCGACUCGCCGACUACUACUUGCUUGGUCAUGUGGUUGAUACUACUAUGACUGGAGUCAAGAUUACCAGAACUCCCUAUUGCCGAAUCCCUCCACCACUUUCAGGCCUGCCAGUCUCCUCGAAGAAUACCAACACGCCGCCUGUUGAUCUUCCAGCCCGCAAAAUCAUGCGCCGCGGCGGUGACGGCAAAUCUGGUACUAAUACCGCAGCUAAUUCCGAAGUACCCUCAAAGACUACCUCUGAGGCGGGUGCUGUUAGUGGUAGUGAUGGCGGUAACGAUGGAAAUGAGGCUGAGAGUAAGGACAAGUCUAAUCUGACUCGUGAAGAGCGUGAAGCUAGGUACCGAGAGGCCCGGCAGCGGAUCUUCGGUAAUUCUGAGACUGAAGAAAGCGAGACAACAGACGCUGUAGGUUCAGGAGAAGAGAAAGAUGUGUCAAGGUCUAGUUCUGCUUCUGGCAAGAAUAAAGCGAAGAAACAACGCAACUAUGACGACGACGGCUUCGAGGCUCGAUCACGGUUCAACCCCAUCUAUCCACAGCAAUAUCCGAUUCCAAACUAUGGUAGCGACAACACGAUGUAUUACAGUGGCUACCCUGGACAAGUUCCUAAUCCGCAGUUCACGGGCAUGAACCCAAGCGUCUCGCCACCGCCAGCCUACGGCAACGGAUAUCCUGUCAUGAUGCCGCAAGAUACCCAGACCCAGUACGGCUGGCCAAGCCAGCCAUAUCAGCCACCAAAUGGUCCCCUGUACCCCAAUUAUGGUGCUGGGCAGAAUGGCUAUGAUCUCUCGGCCGAUUUCCAGCGAGGAAUGCAAUCUUUCCAGUCUGCAGCCUUGCCUUCCCAAGUGACCCCGAAGAUGGCAAACACACCUAUGGCCUCUUAUCAGGACACUUACCAACCGCAACCCAUGCCAAUGAACCAAGGAUGGGGACAGAUGAAUCCACAGCCAUCAUAUAAUAUGGCGCAGGCCCCGUAUGCUCAGAAUGGUCCUAGCAACCGCCCGAUGUCCGCUCCUAUCCAAGGUCCUCAAUCCGGGCCAUAUCCGUACGGGCAGUUUCCUGCUUCUGCAUAUAACGGAGGAAAACCAGGUCGCAACCAGCAUCCAUUACCAGGGAGCUUCAACCGACAACAAUUCAAUCCACAAAGCCAAGCCUUCAUCCCAGGUGGCCGCAAUAUGCCCUUUCAGAUGCAGGCAAACAUGGCGCAAAUGCCACAUCAAGGCAUGAAUGGGUUUGGAAAUUUCCAGUUACCGGUUGCCAGCCAAAUGCCUAACCAGAUGCCAGGGCCGAGCCCUCCGCUCGCACAUCAACCGACAUUUGGCUCUCCUCGAAGUGUGCAGAAUAGCAUUCCGGUCCCUGCUAAACCCAGCAAUAUAGCUCCUUCCCAAGCUCCUCAAAUCGCCUCUUCGCACAUGACCACUGCUCCUGCGAUGUCCUCCCAACCUAGUAAUCCUUCAGCCCCUGCACAGAGCAGCAUCGCCAAAUGGGGAACGCCAUCUCACCUCCCUCCGAAACCUCCCCCACCAGCGCAACCGCAGCCUCCAAAAUUCAGUCUUCCCGGACACAACUUUCCCUCUGCCCCUAGAACUGCCAACACCAUGACUCCUGGAUACGCUGCCAACCCUCCAAUGAUUCGAGGAGGUGCCGGUCCCAGCAUGCCUAAUAAACCUUCCUAAUGGCUUAUGAACUUCAAGACAAUGACCGAGCGG